AUGGCAGCGUAUAUAUUGCACGAGGCCCAGCCUGAGGCUGCGCUUAAGAGCAUCUCAGAGAUGGGGGAUCGUGCACAUCGCCGUGCCAAUCCAGGUUCUGAGCCAGAUUCAAAAUCUCAUCACCGAAGUCAUGACCGGGAAGGACAGCCGAAGCGCAAGAAAGACUCCGACGCCUUUAACUGCGGUGUCUGA